GGUCGAUGUACCGGCCGUUGGGGGUGAUGUUGUUCUCCCGGUGUGUGCCGUGUUUCUGUGACGAUGACGAGAAUAACUAGACGCUGUGCUCCGGACAACAGCUAGCCUACUGGCAGGGGAGUCCCAAUGCCAUGGCCUCUAGCCACGGUACGUCCCCAGCACUUCGCCCCAGCGGUGAAGGCAGGGAUGGAGUCUACCGCAAAGAUCGGGAACCCUCCUACCCCCACUGCAAGCCUCCACGCUCCCUACCUGACGUCUGUCCUAAGGAGCCCACCGGUGAGGGGCGGGGCCUGUGCGAAGGCCCAUCUGUUGUGGCGGAACACGACAGGUGGACAGUGUACAGUUCGAAAGUCAACCUCCCCGCCGCAUUGAACGACCCGCGGCUCGCCAAGCGGGAGUCAGACUUUUUCACCAAAACAUGGGGCCUGGACUUUGCUGAGACAGAGGUCAUGCCCUCUUUCUACCUCCCCAACAUCACCAGAGAACACUUUAUCUCCUACCUUCAGGAGACGGCUCAGAGGGAAAAAAUCCAUGAACGCUGCAAAAGAAUUUGUCCCAACAAAGACGAUGUGGAUGCAAUCUCCAGUAUUGCCUCAAACCAUGACACAUCCAGAGCAGAGCUGGAACAGGUUCCAAAGAUCUUCAUGAAGCCUGACUUCGCGCUGGAGGAUCCGGCCACCUUCAACACCGUCCUGCCCUGGUCCCACUUCAACAGCGCUGGGGGAAAGAGCAGCAGAGACAUGGCUUCAUCCAGGUUACUGCAGGAGAAGUUAAGUCAUUACCUGGAUGUGGUGGAGGUUAGCAUAGCACGGCAGAUCUCCCUGCGCUCUGAGGCUUUCUUCCAUGCUAUGUCCUCCCAGCACGAGCUCCAGGACCGUCUCCGCGAGACGCAGCAGGCCGUGAAUGUCCUUAGGGAACGGACAGCCACCAUGGAUCGGGUCAUGUGCCAGGGACCUCUGAGGGCCCUGCACACAGCCGUGACACGUAGCAACUGCAUCAAGCUGCACAACAAGUUGAAACUGAUGGCGACUGUGCAGCAGACGCAGCCAACGGUGCAGCUGCUCCUCUCCACCUCCGAGUUUGUGGGCGCGCUGGAGCUCAUCGCCACCACCAAGGAGGUGCUGCAGCAGGAGCUGCAAGGAGUCCACAGCUUUAGACAUUUGGGCUCCCAGCUGUGUGAGCUGGAGAAGUUGAUUGACAAGAUGAUGACAGAAGAUUUUAGCAUCUACUCCAAGAGCGAUCUAAACCGCAGCCUAAGGGAAGAGCCCCAGGUGCUUGAGAAGGAGCGUCUUGAGUCACUGGUCUUUGGCCUGCUGAGGCAGCGGAAGCUGGACUUUCUUGAUAUUUACAAUGAGGAGAUGAUUGCGGCUGCGAAGGGAAUCGUCACCCAGUGCGUGGUGGAAAGCGUGUCAUAUAUAGAGGAGAUUGACGCCGAAGUCGUCACUAAGCUAGCUGACCAGAUGCGUCUGAUGACGUUCCCUCAAUGGUUUGAGCUGCUGAAGAACGUCUUUGGGAGCUUCCUUCUCUUCCUGCAGAGGAUCAAGGUCACUCUAACGGUUGUCAAGAAUGUUGUUCUGAAGGUUCUCGACUCUAACCAGACGAACCGACUCCUAGAAGAGUCAGCUUUGGGUACAGGGGCCCAGACCUCAGCUUUUGGAUCCCAACUGGAGCAGGGGGAGACUGAACUAGCCUACCUCACCCAUGAAGGGCUGUUCAUCAGCGAUGUUCUGAAUAAAGUCCAGCAGCAACAGGUGGUGGAGGCCGAGGCUCCAGAGGAGAACUUUGCAGUGGGACCCAAAACCCAGCAGAGUCUGGGGGAAUUUGGAGGCAACGACUCUGCCUCAGGAAUCACAGAGUGCUCCUCCAGCAGGGAGCUGGGCCUCCAGACAGCAGGUGGCACCACAUUCAUGUCCUCUGAGGACAUGAUGCCCACAGAGCUUGAGCUAAAUCGCGUGGUUAACAACACCAAGGAAUUGCUCCACACUGCCUCUGACAUUAGCCAUGACCGCUGUGUCAAAGUCCUCAUAGCCAGAGCCAAGGAUGGUUCUCUGGAGCGUUUGAGCUCAGCAGAGUUUGUUCGUCUGUCCCAGGCAGUGGAAGGCUUCGUCAAGGACACAGAGGAGCUAUGCUGCAGACGCAGUGUCUCCCUCAGGGGGGCACUGCAGAGCCAGGCCAACCGGUUCGUCCACCGUUUCCAUGAGGAGCGUAAAACCAAGCUGAGCCUCCUGUUGGAUAAUGAGCGCUGGAAACAGGCAGAGGUACCUGCUGAAUUCCAGGAUCUAGUCAACUCCAUCGCCAAUGGAAGAAUAUCACUACCAGAGCGUAAACCUCCAGGUUCAGAGGUCCGAGCACCCAGUGACUACCUCCUGGUGGAUGGACAAAGAUACGCCGUAGUAGGGACGGUUCUGAUUCUAAUUCGGAUUUUCCUAGAGUACUGUCAGUGUGUCAACGACAUCCCAUCCAUCACUACAGACAUGCUUACCCGCUUGUCUGACCUACUCAAGCACUUCAAUUCGCGCAGCUGCCAGCUGGUCCUGGGAGCCGGGGCUCUGCAAGUUGUUGGCCUCAAAACCAUCACCACCAAAAACCUCGCAUUAGCAUCUCGGUGUCUUCAGCUGGUGGUUCAUUACAUUCCAAUCAUCAGAGCCCACUUUGAGACGAAGCUCCAACCAAAACAGUUCAGUGUCCUCAGGCACUUUGACCACAUCACCAAGGACUACAAUGAUCACGUAGCGGAGAUCUCUGCUAAGCUGGUGGCCAUUAUGGACAGUCUGUUUGAGAAAGUUUUAUCAAAGUAUGAAGUGAAGGCCCCCAUGCCCUCAACCUGUUUCCGGAACGUGUGUAAACAGAUGGCUAAAAUGCAUGAGGCUAUCUACGAGCUUCUACCAGAGGAGCAAACCCAGAUGUUGUUCCUGAGAAUCAACACCAGUUUUAAAAUGCACCUGAAGAGGCAGCUGGCUCGUCUGGGCGUGAUCAACGAUGGAGGGCCUCAACAUGGGCUGGUGAUGGUGGACAUUGCCUUCUACACAGAGAACAUGCAGGCCCUCGGCACCCUGGAGAGACUGGACCUGAAUAUGGCUGAGAUCUGGGAGCAGAAAAGGUGAUGGAGGUAGACCAGACUCUCCACCCACCGCACGUGAUGCUGCGUCCCAAAGUCAACGUGGAGGACCACCGACAUUCAGAGGAGCAGGCCAGCACCACCCGGCUACCCAGACCAGGACAGGACGGCGGAGCUACCUCAGUAAACCCUGACAUCAGAGGGUUGCCGCCCGAGGGAGAGACUGAUGGAGAGAAAGAGAGAGACACCGAAUAGGGACCAACUAUCCCCAGGAAAUGUGCAGAAACGUGGGUCUUUUCUCCAACAGCUCCAUCUGACAGACUUUUCAGGAAGCAUCCCAGUGCGUCCCGGUGAAACUGCUGAUACCUC